AUGAUUGUGAUUGCUGCUGCGGUUGUGGGGGUGGUCUCGCACCGUGUGGGCGGCGUGUUAGUCAUGCGAGGGCGAGGUGAAGUCUUCUUUCGAGAGUCUGCCAUGAGGAAAAUAGGUUUUGGGCAGUUUGGGGUCAAAAAUGUAACCCGUGACUCGUGGUUGACGACUUGGAGUCUCAUUCUGCUCGUGGCCGUUGCUCAAGAAGAUGUUCACCCUGACGUAGUUGCCGUUGUUGAUGUUGCUGGAGGUGUACGACCGACACCACUUUGGGCAAGCAGUUAUUCGGACGGCGAGAAUUGCUACUGCCUUCCUUCGUUGGAUAGCGCCAUUGGGAACUUUGUCGUAGAAACGCCAUUAGGGUGGCUGACGACGCAGGAAGUGUGCGAUCUGCUAGGAACAGGACCAGGAAGACUAGGACAACCCCUUUACAAUGAUAUCCAAUGCGGUAACGGCCCCCCAAACGCUGAUGAAAACGAAUUCCUUUGUCCGGGACGAACCGAUAUUGGGGAAACAGGUUGUGGUCAAAUAGGACCCAAAUGGAAUUUUGAUAAUGCAAACCUUGCGGACGGCCCCCCACGACUUCCAUCGUUGCCUGAGGACAUUCAUCCCGAUAUCGUUGCGGUGAUCGACGUUGUGGGUGGUGUGACGCCGAAUGGAAGAUCGUGGGCCGACAGCUAUUCCUUUGGCAACAAGUGCUAUUGUGCGACAACGUUUGAUCACGACAUUGCGGACGUGCUAGUCGAAACACCGCAGGGAUGGAUGACGAUCCGUCAAGCUUGCGAGUUACUUGGACCGGGUCCCGGUAUUGAAGGACGACCGGUGUACAAUGACAUACAGUGCGGGAAUGGACCACCUAAUAAUGCAGGCGAUGAGCACGUGUGUCCUGGACGAACCGAUCUUGGACCAGAAGGUUGUGGUCAGAUUGGUCCCCGUUGGAAUUUUGAUGCCAUCAAGUCAUUACCGCCAGGCAGCGCCCCCGCAGCUCUGCCCUCUUCUUUAGCAGCCGGAGCAGUGUCUGUCCCAAUGCUACCGGGCUUAGGAGUAAUCACCGGAUAUUUGUUCUGUGUUUUGAACUGGCAACUUUUUGAUCUCGUUCCGUGACACCAAGACCUCUGGAUAACCACUGCAGGCUGCCCGGAAGAAAGCCAGGACGUGUUACUUUCUUUCCAGGUCGCUACGAAAAUACUCUGGGGCGAGCCCUGACUCGCAAAGUGUUUACCGCGCUGAAUACGGUUCGCAACGUGCCCCACUACCAAGCUUUGUGCACUUAUAAAUCCGCUUGUUGCUGACCAGGGGCAAUAUUGCCGGUGAUGUUUGGUUUGUCGGUUCCUUGGUGGAUCAUCUGACUUGUGACUUGACAAGAGAAUCCGGAGUGCAACAGCAAGCCAAGCGAGCAACCAUGUACCCACAAGCAAUUGGUCUGAUUCCAGUUUCUCUACUGGUGAAGCCCAUGUUGUGUGGGCAGUUCUUGUUUUGGCGUAUGUCUUUUGAAUGGCGCCCUUGUGUCGUGCCGCCUGGACACCUCUCCACCCGUUGACGGCGUACGGCCCAAUGCCGUGUGCAUACGCGAGGAGCCGGACCAUGUGCAUUAUCAUUGCCAUCAACAACAAUGGCAAUUUGACCAUUUUGGUACUAGUGGAAGACAAUGGACGCAGUGGUAUCUUAUUUGAGUGACGCAGCAAAGUCCAUCAACAUUUUUGUUGAUCAGUGCCGCUAUCUUUGCCAACAAUGCCGCAUUUUUAACUUCAUAC